UGCAAUUCGCAUUACGUAUCGCAUUUCGCUGCGUUCUUCAUCGUUGUGGGAGCCAAGACAUCCGCCGGUAAGAGUUGUAUGGCAUUUCGCUUGAUCAAAAUUAGUAAUGAUCCCUCCGCAGGUUCACCUACGGAGACCUUGUUACGACUUCACCUUCCUCUAAAUAGUGAGGUUUAA